CGAGCCGGAGCCGGAGCCGCGCGCGCCCCGCCCGCCCGCGCCGCCCUUCCUCCCUCCCUCCAUGGCGUUUAUCCGGAAGAAGCGGCGCGAGCAGCAGCUGCAGCUCUACUCCAAGGAGAGAUUUUCCUUGCUGCUGCUUAACUUGGAGGAGUACUACUUUGAACAGCAUACAGCUAAUCAUAUUCAGCACAAGGGCAGUCAGAAUGAAAGGAAAAUCAGAGGCUCCUUAAAAAUAUGUUCAAAAUCAGUUAUUUUUGAACCGGAUGCAACAUCCCAGCCCAUCAUUAAGAUUCCUUUGAGAGAUUGUAUAAAAAUAGGAAAACAUGGAGAAAAUGGAGCCAAUAGACACUUGGCAAAGGCGGUAUCCGGGGGGAUCUCACUCAUUUUCAGUCAGGUAUAUUUCAUUAAAGAACACAACAUUGUUGCACCAUAUAAAAUAGAAAGGGGCACAAUGGAAUAUGUCUUCGAGUUGGAUGUUUCAGGGAAGGUGGAAGGUGUCGUGGAGACAUUGCUUCAGCUUCACAGAGCAUCCUGUCUGGACAAACUUGGGGACCAAACUGCUAUGAUAACAGCCAUUUUGCAGUCCCGUUUGGCUAGGACAUCAUUUGACAAAAACAGAUUCCAAAGUGUUUCUGAAAAGCUGCACAUGGAAUGCAAAGCAGAAAUGGUGACACCUCUGGUGACGAAUCCUGGCCACGUGUGCAUCACUGACACCAACCUGUAUUUCCAGCCUCUCAAUGGGUACCCGAAACCCAUGGUCCAGAUAACACUCCACGACGUCCGCCGCAUUUACAAGAGGAGACAUGGUCUCAUGCCUCUGGGCUUGGAAGUGUUUUGCACAGAAGAUGAUCUGUGUUCCGACGUCUACCUGAAGUUCUAUGAACGUCAAGACCGAGAUGACCUCUAUUUUUACAUUGCUACAUACCUAGAGCACCACGUGGCGGAGCGCACGGCCGAGGGCUACACGCUGCAGUGGCAGCGCGGGCUUCUGUCCAACUACCAGUACCUGCUGCACCUCAACACGCUGGCCGACCGCAGCUGCAACGACCUCUCCCAGUACCCCGUGUUCCCCUGGGUCGUCGGCGACUACAGCAGCUCCGAGCUGGAUCUGUCAAAUCCAGGAACCUUCCGGGAUCUCAGUAAGCCAGUAGGGGCCCUCAACAAGGAACGUCUGGAGAGGCUGCUGUACCUGAAACUCGUUUCUUCAAGACUUAGGGGAAGUAUGUCUGGAGAGACCGAAGUUUCUGAGCGUACUCUCUCUCCCUCUGCCCGCUGCCUGCUGCCUUCCUUCCCCUGUGAACUUAGCGGCUCACCAUCUGCAUUUCUGCUUACAAUUCAGGAGACACGCUACCAGGAGAUGCCGGAGCCCAAGUUCAUGUACGGCAGCCACUACUCCUCCCCGGGCUACGUUCUGUUUUAUCUGGUCAGGAUUGCACCAGAGUAUAUGCUGUGUCUGCAGAACGGAAGAUUCGACAACGCAGACAGAAUGUUCAACAGUAUUGCAGAAACUUGGAAAAACUGUUUGGACGGUGCGACUGAUUUUAAAGAGCUGAUUCCGGAAUUCUAUGGUGAUGAUGUCAGCUUUUUAGUCAAUAGUCUGAAGCUGGAUUUGGGAAAGAGACAAGGAGGGCAGAUGGUUGAUGACGUAGAACUCCCCCCUUGGGCACGGAGUCCCGAGGACUUUCUCCAGAAGAGCAGAGACGCACUGGAAAGCGAUUACGUGUCAGAGCACCUUCACGAGUGGAUCGAUCUCGUGUUUGGCUACAAGCAGAAGGGCAGGGAUGCUGUUGGAGCCCACAAUGUGUUUCAUCCCCUGACCUACGAAGGAGGUGUCGACUUGAACAGCAUUGAGGACCCUGAUGAGAAGGUAGCCAUGCUCACCCAGAUCUUGGAGUUCGGGCAGACACCAAAGCAGCUCUUUGUGACACCGCAUCCUCGAAGGAUCACCCCAAAGUUUAAAAGCUUGGCCCAGCCCUCCAGUUACAAUGCUUCCACGGCAGAUACUCCAGUCUCUCCAGGUGAAGAGUCUUUUGAAGACCUGACCGAAGAAAGCAGAACGCUGGCCUGGAGUAACAUCACGCGACUGCAGCUCCACGAGCAGCACAAAAUCCACAAAGAGGCAGUCACUGGAAUAGCAGUCUCUCGCAGUGGGUCGUCUGUCUUUACAACCUCACAAGAUUCCACCUUGAAGAUGUUUUCCAAAGAAUCCAAGAUGCUACAAAGAAGUAUAUCAUUUUCAAAUAUGGCUUUAUCAUCGUGUUUACUUUUACCAGGAGAUGCCACUGUCGUAAGCUCUUCGUGGGAUAACAAUGUCUAUUUUUAUUCCAUUGCAUUUGGAAGACGCCAAGACACAUUAAUGGGACACGAUGAUGCUGUUAGUAAGAUCUGUUGGCAUGACAACAGGCUGUAUUCGGCGUCGUGGGACUCUACUGUGAAGGUGUGGUCCGGGGUUCCUGCAGAGAUGCCAGGCUCCAGGAGACACCAAUUUGACCUGCUGGCCGAGCUGGAGCACGAUGUCAGCGUCGAUACCAUCAGUUUAAGCGCUGCAAGCACACUGUUGGUUUCAGGCACCAAAGAAGGCACAGUGACUAUCUGGGACCUCACUGCAGCUACCGUAUUGCACCAGAUUCCAUGUCACUCAGGGACUGUAUGUGAUACUGCUUUCAGCCCAGACAGUCGCCACGUCCUCAGCGCAGGAGAAGACGGCUGUCUAAACGUCGUGGAUGUGCAGACAGGAAUGCUCAUCUCUUCUAUGACUUCGGAAGAGCCCCAGAGGUGCUUUCUCUGGGACGGAAAUUCGGUUUUAUCCGGGAGUCAGUCCGGUGAGCUGCUUGUCUGGGACCUUCUCGGGGGGAAGAUCAGGGAGAGAAUCCAGGGCCACACAGGUAAGCUGUCUGCCGUUGACCUGACUCCACCAAACCUGCUUUUCCCACCAGCAGACGAGCCCUUCUCAAGCAGAAAACUCCCCGUGUGUCCUCUGUGCCGUGGACGUUCCCCUCCAGAUCCUGGCUGGCCAGGCCACCUGCAGCUCUUGGUUUCAGAGACAGUCGACUCCAGAAUGGAAGUUUUUGACUUCCACAUGGAGAAUUAAAAGCCAAGUAAAAGCUGUAUGUGCAUUUAAUACAUGCACACGGUAGGAAGAAACAAUACGAAAGUAAUGGAAACGGUGCCAAAGUAAUGAGUCACAGUGGAAAUGAAGUCUUCCUCCCACAGACCCCCCCCCCCGCCACCGGGCCUCAUCCUGGGAAGAACUCUGCAGCUGGGUUUCUGGAGAUGUCUCACAUUAGUGAAGGAUGCGCUGCUGUGUGCGUCACCGUUCUGCCCGUUGGGUUUUCACUCUGCUUACAUUUGCACGUCUUCCUCUCCUCUCAAGCACUUGGAGGAUUUAUGGUUAAUUCGUGUAAUGGCUAUGGUUAUAAGUAUCUACUGACUGCCCACCUUCCCUCUCUUCCCUCUGUCACUGUUGUGUGUGGUUAUUUCUUCGUAACAUUAUACAUUGAAGUGACUUGUCUAUGCCUUUCUUCCCCAGCUCACAAGCUUUAAAUAACACUUUGACUCCUGAUAGAAAUGGAAGUAAACCAGCAAACUCACACCAAUUCCCUACUUCUCUCAUCUGCUGCCUGACUUUUGUCACAGGUGUAUAUAAUAUUUGUAUUCUGUUCUGCAAUUCCCAGUUGCUUUAGCUUUACAUUCAAAUAGUUUCUUAUUCCUCCCAAGUUCCUUGUACUGAGUAGUUAUUCUGAGUUCAUGCAGAUUGUAUUAUAGGACAAGACCACGUGGUACCUCCUGGUCAGCUCACCCCCUAACCACACGUCUCUUCUCGCAGGUGCCGUAACGUGUAUGUGGAUGAACGACCAGUGUAGCAGUGUCAUCACGGGAGGGGAAGACAGACAAAUUAUGUUCUGGAAAUUGCAGUAUUAAGUGCCUUUUCCUCGAAUAUUAUUGAACUCUAUGUAAUGCUUUUUUAAACCAAACUUUUAAACGACCUGGUGAACGUGCAAUUAUAGUAGUUAGAAGUCUUACCACAUGAGAAAUUUGUGGUUUUAAACUUUAUAAAUCAUGGUGACUUCACUGAAAGCCAUUAGUUGUCAUGCUCUAAGGCAGAUGGAGAUGUGGCAGUACUGGGGAGAAAAACAUUAACAUUUGUAAGGCAGGUGGUCAGCCCAGGAUGACGAUGGUCAGAAGACAAGUUUGGGUGGCAGAGAGCGUAGCUAAGAGAUACUAAACCAGCUGGGGAAACUUCCCAAAAGCACUGAACAAUUUAAGGACUUUCCAAGAAAAUGUGAGUAUUCUCUGCUGCCGAGUCACUCCGUUAUGUCUUCCUACUCGACACAAUUGCUGCCCGCUGGGUUUUGGGAUGUGUGUUUCCACAGAGUGCUUACUUUCUAUAACCGCCUGGCCCCAGGUUCUAAGAACCUGGGGAAGGAUUAGCAGUUCUGGGGAACGGUUUAUUUCAUUAUAGCUAUUAAAUGCCCAUCUUUUCUAUGACAUUAAAAAUAUUUUUCUGUAAUGAAA